ACAACAGCCAACGCCGCGCGACCCGCCCGAGCACACUACCCCGUACUUUCGCAACGAGCAACUCAUGGAGAAAAAACAAACCGCGAGACGGAGAAAACUUAAUCAAAUUUCGACGAGACGUGAUAUACCUAGAUAGAUAGCUGCCGUGUGCUGGUGGUGGCAGACGGGCUGAGACGGUAGUCGUUUUAUUGUCGAGUGAAAAGAAAAAAAAACACACAUCAAACGGCGUUUCGGUGCACACCGUGUCCGCGGUACAGUAGAGGUACCCCUCGAACGCCGACCAGCAUCUCCCAAAAACACUCCCCGUCCGGGCACUAAUGGGUUCGUCUGCGGAUUUCAAGAGUCUCGAAGAUGAACUGAUCGACAAUGUAGAGAAGGACGUGCGUUACUGGCAACAGAACGACGCCAAGCUGAGGGCCGUGAAGAGCGUGUCUACUUAUCAAGAGUUCAGUGACAUUGUCAAGGCGGCUCAUCUGCGUCCGUUGACCAAGAAAGAAAUCGAGUGCAAGAGCAACCCACCGGCAGUGUGGAACAACGUAGUGGCAGCUCACAAUAUGCAAGACAGCAAGCAGCAGAGUUCUGAUUUCACGGUCGCCGACGUCGACAUCAAGGACAACAUACCGAGUGCUUGCUCUCCCAUAGUCCAAGAGUUCAUCUUGAGUUUCCGCCGUCUCAGCACGGCCAAACACAGGUACAAGUACUUGAGUCUACAUGGUGCUGAAAAUGUGGCCUCCACGUUUCACACUGAAGAAAUACCUCCAUCUGUUCUGGUCGAACUGCUCGAAACACUACUCAUAUUCCCGUCUAACAGUGUUCCUGACAUAGUCGCCGUCACCAGGCUAUUAGACGUGAUCACUGGAACGAAAAGAUUCGAAUUGGCCAUUGAGUUUUUAAGUUCAACUGAGUUGGACACACUGUGUAAUCUUUUCAACAAACUAGAGGAGAGUCUUAAGUCUGGUCAGCAAGAUUUGGCAGAACAAGGAGUGACCGAAUGGAGUUUGAGUACACUAAGGAGAAAAUAUAAAGUCUAAACAUAUUAAGAUCAUUCAGUAUUAA